GCAGCUGAGCCCGCGGGGCGCCGCUCGCCGAGCCGCGGCCGCGGGAAGUUCGGCCGCCAGAAGGACGACCUGGCAGGCUGCGAGCGCCCGCUCCGCGAGAGCCGAGUUUGCCCGCAGCUGCCCCUCCCCGCCUCCGGGAGCCGAGCUCCUUACCUGCCCUCCGCCCACCCGCCGGCCCCUAGCCAACUUCUCCCUGCAACUGGGGGUAACAGGCAGUUCUUGCCCUCUCUACUGUCCCGACGGCACCCGUAUGUCUCCGGACACCUGAACACCCCGGUCCCGCCGAGGAGCCUCCUGGUGGGGAGAGGAGCACCGGUCCCUCUCGCCCCGCACAUCAACGCGGACCGCGGACGCCUCACCUCCGGGUCCCAUCCCCUCCUUUUCCUCCAGGGGAGGAGGAUGGGGUUGGAAUCGCUUUCCCCGAGGAUGCUCGUGUGGCUGGUGGCCUCGGGGAUUGUUUUCUACGGGGAGCUGUGGGUCUGCGCUGGCCUCGAUUAUGAUUACACUUUUAAUGGGAACGAAGAGGAUAAAGCCGAGACUAUAGAUUACAAGGACCCGUGUAAAGCCGCUGUGUUUUGGGGUGAUAUUGCCUUAGAUGAUGAAGACUUAAAUAUCUUUCAAAUUGAUAGGACAAUUGACCUUACACAGAACCCUUUUGGAAAACUUGGACAUACCACAGGUGGACUUGGAGACCAUGGUAUGUCAAAGAAACGAGGGGCCCUCUACCAACUUAUAGACAGGAUACGAAGACUUGGCUCUGGCUUGGAGCAAAACAACACAGUGAAGGGAAAAGUACCUCUAAAAUUCUCAGGGCAAAAUGAGAAAAAUCGAGUUCCCAGAGCUGCUACAUCAAGAACUGAAAGAAUAUGGCCUGGAGGCGUUAUUCCUUAUGUUAUAGGAGGCAACUUCACUGGCAGCCAGCGAGCCAUGUUCAAGCAGGCCAUGAGGCACUGGGAAAAGCACACGUGUGUGACUUUCAUUGAAAGAAGUGAUGAAGAGAGUUACAUUGUAUUCACGUAUAGGCCUUGUGGAUGCUGCUCCUAUGUAGGUCGGCGGGGAAAUGGACCUCAGGCAAUCUCUAUUGGCAAGAACUGUGAUAAAUUUGGAAUUGUUGUUCAUGAAUUGGGCCAUGUGAUAGGCUUUUGGCAUGAACACACACGACCAGAUCGAGAUAACCAUGUAACCAUCAUAAGAGAAAACAUCCAGCCAGGUCAAGAGUACAAUUUUCUGAAGAUGGAGCCUGGAGAAGUGAACUCACUGGGAGAGCGAUAUGAUUUUGACAGCAUUAUGCACUAUGCCAGGAACACCUUCUCAAGGGGGAUGUUUCUGGAUACCAUUCUCCCCUCACGUGAUGAUAAUGGCAUACGUCCGGCAAUUGGUCAGCGAACCCGUUUAAGCAAAGGAGACAUUGCACAGGCAAGAAAGCUGUAUAGAUGUCCAGCUUGUGGAGAAACUCUACAAGAAUCCAAUGGCAACCUUUCCUCCCCAGGAUUUCCAAAUGGCUACCCUUCUUAUACACACUGCAUCUGGAGAGUUUCUGUGACUCCAGGGGAGAAGAUUGUUUUAAAUUUUACUACGAUGGACCUAUAUAAAAGUAGUUUGUGCUGGUAUGACUACAUUGAAGUAAGAGAUGGGUACUGGAGGAAAUCCCCUCUCCUUGGUAGAUUCUGUGGGGACAAAGUGCCUGAAGUUCUCACCUCUACAGACAGCAGAAUGUGGAUUGAGUUUCGCAGCAGCAGUAAUUGGGUGGGAAAAGGCUUUGCAGCUCUCUAUGUAGCGAUCUGUGGAGGUGAGAUACGUAAAAAUGAAGGACAGAUUCAGUCUCCUAAUUAUCCCGAUGACUACAGACCAAUGAAAGAGUGCGUGUGGAAAAUAACAGUGUCGGAAGACUACUAUGUCGGGUUGACCUUUCAGGCCUUUGAGAUUGAAAGACAUGACAACUGUGCCUAUGACUACCUAGAAGUUCGAGAUGGAACCAGUGAAAAUAGUCCUUUGAUAGGGCGUUUCUGUGGUUAUGAUAAACCUGAAGAUAUCAAAUCUACCUCCAAUACCUUGUGGAUGAAGUUUGUUUCUGAUGGAACUGUGAACAAGGCAGGGUUUGCUGCCAAUUUUUUUAAAGAGGAGGACGAGUGUGCCAAGCCUGACCGCGGAGGCUGUGAGCAGCGAUGCCUGAAUACACUGGGCAGUUAUCAGUGCGCCUGUGAGCCUGGCUAUGAGCUGGGACCUGACAAAAGGAGCUGUGAAGCGGCUUGUGGCGGACUUCUUACCAAACUUAAUGGCACCAUAACCACCCCGGGCUGGCCCAAGGAGUACCCUCCUAAUAAGAACUGUGUGUGGCAAGUGGUUGCACCAACCCAGUACAGAAUUUCUGUGAAGUUUGAGUUUUUUGAGUUGGAAGGCAAUGAAGUUUGCAAAUAUGAUUAUGUGGAGAUUUGGAGCGGUCUUUCCUCUGAGUCUAAAUUGCAUGGCAGAUUCUGUGGUGCUGAGGUGCCAGAAGUGAUCACAUCCCAGUUCAACAAUAUGAGAAUUGAAUUCAAAUCUGACAAUACCGUAUCCAAGAAGGGCUUCAAAGCACAUUUCUUCUCAGACAAAGACGAAUGCUCUAAGGAUAAUGGCGGCUGUCAACACGAGUGUGUCAACACAAUGGGAAGCUACGUGUGUCAGUGCCGUAAUGGAUUUGUGCUGCAUGAAAAUAAACAUGACUGCAAGGAAGCUGAGUGUGAACAGAAGAUCCACAGUCCAAGUGGCUUCAUCACCAGUCCCAACUGGCCAGACAAGUACCCAAGCAGGAAGGAAUGCACAUGGGAAAUCAGUGCCACUCCCGGCCAUCGAAUCAAAUUAGCCUUUAGUGAGUUUGAGAUUGAGCAGCAUCAAGAAUGUGCUUAUGAUCACUUGGAAGUAUUUGAUGGAGAAACGGAAAAAUCGCCAAUUCUCGGACGACUAUGUGGCAACAAGAUACCAGAGCCCCUUGUGGCUACGGGAAAUAAAAUGUUCGUUCGGUUUGUUUCUGAUGCAUCUGUUCAAAGAAAAGGCUUUCAAGCUACACAUUCUACAGAGUGUGGUGGCCGACUGAAAGCAGAAUCAAAACCCAGAGAUCUGUACUCACAUGCUCAAUUCGGAGACAACAACUAUCCAGGACAGGCCGACUGUGAAUGGCUGCUGCUAUCAGAACAGGGCUCUCGACUCGAGUUAUCCUUCCCAAUUUUUGAAGUGGAAGAGGAGGCGGACUGUGGCUAUGACUAUGUUGAGCUCUUCGAUGGUCUCGAUUCAACAGCGGUGGGGCUUGGUCGAUUCUGUGGAUCAGGGCCACCAGAAGAGAUCUAUUCAAUUGGGGAUGCAGUUUUAAUUCAUUUUCACACUGAUGACACAAUCAACAAGAAAGGAUUUCAUAUAAGAUACAAAAGUAUUAGAUAUCCAGAUACCAUGCACACCAAAAAAUAACACCAAAACCUCCGUCAGAACAUAAAGGAAUGUGCAUAACGGAGAGAAAACGUAUUUUUUUUAAAUGAAGAUAUUAGCACAAAUGUUUUGUAUAAUGAGUUUGAACAGAAGAAACUGUAAAACCAGAAUUAUCUUUGUACUGAAGAGAAGUUUCCAGCUAACUCUGAUCAGCGUGAUAAGGAUAUUUGAACUCCGUGUUUGAUGGUAUAAACACAGCUGGUCAAAGGGCAUCACGAGCUUCAGGGAAGACUCCACGAGCUGUUGUUCACAGCUUGACAUCGAUGCCUCGCAGUUUAGACAGUUCAGUUCAGGGUCUGUGACCCUUCAGAGUGUUCUUUUUGACAAUUUUUCAAGAUCUGGGAGAAAUAAAAUGAUCUUGCAAGUCAUAAACUGGAAAACCUUCUCCUUGUACCUUAGGAUAAUUGCUUUGGCUCUGUAUCUUGGAUACAAUGUAAACCAGAUCCAUAUAAGAUAUUGUGAAAGGGGAGUCUUUUGAGGAUGGUUUGUACUUUAAAUGCAGUUGUGUCCAAUGUUUGGAAACUGGAAUAUUUCACCUUCGUUAUUUUCACUUGCAGGCUAGAUUAACCUCUUUGAAACACAAAUGAUCUUGAGACCACUUCAUUUGACUGACGUUUUGACAAGUUUGAAAUGUCAAUAGUGUCUAUUAUUGCAGUUAAACUCUAGACAUCAUUUAUUUAAGUGCUGGAAAAUGCCCAGUUGAUUGGUAAACUCAGUUCUUUCUGUGGAAGUGCUGCCUUUUCACACCAAAUCCAAGAAGCCUUGUGAUGUCUUAUGAACUUUAUGAGAAAACUCCCAACAGGUGUGAACAGGAUUCUUCUCAGUGACUGCCUGGAUGAUUCAUACUCAAGUUAUCACUGCUGCUAUUGUCUUUCUUUUAUUGUUGACCUGUUGUAGUCGUUAUUGUUGAUGUUGUCAUGGUGAAUGUUGUAUUUAAAAAAAAAUGAAAUGAAGCAGAAGUAGGCCUUGUAAGAAUUGAAAGAUCUCUUUUUUUCUCUUCCUGGAAUUCAGUUAAAAAAAAUGUAAUGUUGAAAAAAAGGAUUUGUGUCUGAAAGACUUUCUAUGGUGCUAUUCCAUAAACAUUUUUUUUAAACAAAGUUUUUGACCUUUGAGCCAACCACCUGUAGGCUAUGAAUGUCUCCCUGUGUCUUGCUGGUGGCAUUUGAAGACUAAAGACUUGUUAAAUGUAUCAAGAGUAUAUCAAGGGCAGCACUUGUCCUGUGGAGCAACUACUUACAAUGCCUUAGAAUUCUUGCACAUGAUCAAACAGAUCCUCCUAGAGACGCACCUUUUGAAAUGUUGAACCUAAUAGUGUAUGCCAAUUAGCAGCCCUAUGAUGAAAAUCCAUUGGGAGAACAUUGGGUAUAAAUAUGAUGACCUGCUUUUGUUGUAGAAAAUGAAUUUUCUGCUUUAAAGCCAUGUGUGUUUUUAAUAUUAAUGUAUAUAUACGUGAGAUUGUCUGAGUGAGUGAAGCUACAAGAAGGUGAAGACUAGUGGAUGGUUAAAAAGUUAAAAUUUAUGUGCCAAGUUCUACUAGAAUCCUGUUUGAAGUAGCACCUUUCUUAGGAAGUUUCAUGGGCAAAUAAUGGGAACUUCUAAUUAUUAUCAGUCUCAUUAAAAAAAGGCUCUUUCCUUUAGAGAAACUCUAUUUUGAUAUUUUUGGAUGUUGACUUAGAUUGCUGUAUGAAGUAGCUUUGUUUCUGUUACCUGUCCAUGAACAUUCAACAUUUAAUAAAAUUGGGUAUUUUUCUUAAUUUUUACAAAAUUAAACUAUACACACAGAUGUAGCUUCUUUGGUUUUCUUGUCAUUAUUGCCCCAAAAAAUCUUUUCUUGCAUAUGAAUUAUGAUAUGUAAAUACAUUUUUAAAACCAAUCUUUUCAUCUUAUUGAAUUUUACUUUGGAAAUAUAUAGCUAUUGCCUGCAAUAUAAUGAGGUUUUUAGUGGAGCUGAUUUAUUCCAGUAACUUCUAUGUUUUUUCACUAAUCUCCAAUUAGCCAAAAUAUAUCAGGAAUGGGAAAGAGAGGAGAAAAAAGCAUUAACACCCAGUGUACUACAUUAUGCCUAGCUCAGUACUAGGCUCAUGCAUAAGCUCUUUUUAAACUUGAUGCUACCCUUUGAGAACUGUGGUGAUGUUCUCAUUCUGUAGUUCAGGAGCCGAGGCUCAGAGAAGGUAUGUAAUGUUCCCAGGGUCACAGUGUAAAGUUAGAUGUUGAAACCCAGCUUGUCUGCCAUCAAAAUCUGUGCUUGUUCUACAAAAUGUAGUUGAAUCAAUCUUGACAUAUAUAAAUAGUAGAUAU